AUGGAGGCCAACCAAGAAAGGCUAUUUAGACUCCCUUUCAAGCUACCAAGCUCUGCCACAGCACGGUCUCUCGGGGUGUAUAUUUCUGGGGGGCUUUACGCGAUAGGGGCGUGGUGCUUUCUUGACGCAGCGCUGUACUCCAGAAAGGCAAACGCGUCAUCAGUUCACGUCACGUUCAUAGAUUGGAUUCCGUUCAUCUGUAGUACGCUGGGUAUGAUUAUAGUUAACUCGAUCGAGAAGAACAGGCUCAUACAAGACGCGCUGGGCUCCGGGUCUUUCAGCGGCUCGUCGUCCAUGGCUUGGCAAGCUAGAGUUAUACUUUUCCUGGGAUUUGCACUCUUAGCAGGAGGAAUAUCGGGCUCUAUUGUGGUCCUCAUAUUGAAGUUUCUAGUCAAGGACUUCACAUCGUACCCUACCCUUGGAAUGGGUGUAAACAACGUGGUCGGAAACUUCUGCGUUGUGCUCAGCUGCGUGCUCCUCUGGAUAGCGCAAAAUGUGGAGGACGAGUACUCUUACUCUUUGACCCUCUGA